AGCUGUUUUUGUGGGCCGAUCCGGCUGAUUGCUCUAGUUGUAGUAAUCAUGGCAAUGGGUAAAGCUUUUCGUGUAUGUGAGAAAAUAAAUCCACCAAAUCCGUACAGUGUUUUAUUGGAACAAAGGAAUAAAGAAGAAACUUUGCUGUUUGAAUCACAGGCGGUAGCAGUAUUGUCGCUUCAAGAAACUGAGUCCGUCAAGAAGCAGUACACAAAACUGCUGGAUGGGUAUGGCUGCUUGGGAGUAUUACAGCUGAAUGCAGGGGAAAACACUGUGCUGUACCUGGUACUUGUUACUGGCUGUGUGUCAGUUGGAAAGAUUGGGGAUUCUGAAGUGUUUCGGAUAACUCAGACCACUUUUGUGUCACUACGUAACCAAUCACAGGAUGAAGAGCGCAUUGCUGAAGUCCGUAAACUUCUCAACUCAGGAACUUUCUAUUUUUCCUGGUCAGCCUCUGGACAGGCAUUAGAUAUUACAUUAUGUGCUCAACGUAGAAGAAAGGAUGUUGCCACAGACAACAGGUUCUUCUGGAAUCGCAUGAUGCAUAUACAUCUGCUUCGAUUCAGUGUUAACUGCUCCAGUUGGCUGCUGAAGGCGAUGUGUGGCAGUGUUGAAAUCAGGACUGUGUAUGUGGGUCACCGGCAGGCCCGGGCUGUCAUCAUCUCUCGACUUAGUUGUGAGAGAGCUGGGACCAGGUUUAACGUUCGAGGCUGUAACGAUGAGGGUCAUGUGGCAAAUUUUGUUGAAACAGAACAAGUUAUCUUUCUGGACAAGGAAGUAACAUCAUAUGUACAGACUAGGGGUUCAGUGCCUCUGUUUUGGGAGCAACCAGGCGUACAAGUUGGGUCUCAUAAAGUGAAAAUGUCACGUGGAUUUGAAUCCUCUGCCUCUGCUUUUGAUCGCCACCUGAAAAUUAUUAAAGAGCGAUAUGGAAACCAGGUGAUCGUGAAUUUACUGGGGUCAAGUCUAAUUGGGAGCAAAGAAGGAGAAGCCAUCUUAAGUCAGUUGUUUCAGGCCCACCACAAAGCGUCAGUCCAUGCCUCAGAUGUACCUCAUAUAUUAUUUGAUUACCAUCAGGAAUGUAGAGGUGGAAAUACAAAGAAUCUUACUAAAUUGAAAGCCAAAGUUGAAAAAUAUAUGAAGUCAUUUUCUCUCUUCUAUGCCAAAGAUGAUGAAGUCAUAAGUGAACAGAAAGGGACGAUACGUACAAACUGUCUGGACUGCCUUGAUCGCACAAAUUGUGUACAGACUUUCUUUGGGUUAGAGACACUUGCUACACAACUCCAUCUUCUUCACCUAAUGGAGAAACAGCAGAUGGUGUCUCGAUUUGAAGAGGUUUUUCGUCAGAUGUGGAUCAGCAAUGGGAAUGAAGUCAGUAAGAUUUAUGCUGGUACAGGUGCAAUCCAAGGAGGUUCGAAGCUAAUGGAUGGAGCGAGAUCUGCAGCACGGACCAUUCAGAACAACCUCUUGGAUAACAGCAAGCAGGAAGCUAUUGAUAUACUGCUGCUGGGAAGUACCCUCAACAGUGAAUUAGCUGACCGUGCACGUAUCCUACUGCCAUCCAAUAUGUUGCAUGCCUCAACGAGUGUCUUACGUCAGAUGUGCAAGCGGUAUAAUGAAUACAUCUUCCCAAUGAUUGCUAGGAUAGCUGUUGGAACGUAUAAUGUGAAUGGAGGAAAGCAUUUCCGGAGUGUUGUAUACAAGGACCUCUCACUCUCUGACUGGUUGUUGGAUGCUCGCCGAAUAGCGAGGUCACAAUCACUUGUUGAUGUUACUAACGUACCUGAAGAAGAACCUCCUAUUGAUAUUUUUGCAAUAGGAUUUGAAGAAAUUGUUGACUUAAAUGCCAGUAAUAUAAUGGCUGCUAGUUCAGAAAAUGCAAAAGCAUGGGGAGAAGAACUGCAGAAAGUACUAUCACGAGACCGUAAUUAUGUAAUGGUGACAUAUGUGCAAUUGGUAGGGGUCUGUCUGUACGUCUUUGUUCGUCCAGAACACACAGCCUUCAUCCGGGAUGUAGCUGUGGAUUCAGUCAAGACUGGCCUGGGUGGAGCCACUGGCAACAAAGGAGCCACGGCUAUCCGCUUUGUGUUCUACAGUACUUCACUAUGCUUCGUGUGUGCUCAUUUUGCAGCAGGUCAGUCACAAGUUGCAGAGAGGAAUGCAGAUUAUGCUGAAAUUACAAGAAAAAUUACAUUUCCUAUGGGUCGUACACUCAACUCACAUGAUUACGUAUUCUGGUGUGGGGAUUUUAACUACCGUGUGGACAUGGACAAAGAUGAGAUGAAGGAGCUCAUUAAGAAGGGAGACUAUGAUCAGAUAUUGCAACAUGAUCAGCUUAGAGUUCAGCAAGAACAAGGAAAUGUAUUCAAGAACUUUUUUGAAGGAGACAUAAAUUUUGCACCAACAUACAAAUAUGAUUUAUUCUCGGAUGACUAUGACACAAGUGAGAAAUGUCGUGCACCGGCAUGGACAGAUCGAGUUUUGUGGAAACGAAGGAAGCAAAUUCCAGACACAGAUUUACCAUCAGACUGGAAUCCAGGAAGGCUUGUACAUUAUGGAAGGGCAGAACUCAAACAGAGUGACCAUCGUCCAGUAAUUGCACUCGUAGAUAUUGAGAUUUUCCAUGUAGACGACGCUAGGCGCAGCCAGGUGUUCAUGGAAGUGAUUCAGGACUUGGGACCUCCAGAUGCCACAAUUGUAGUUCAGGUUGAUACUGAAGGAAGUGGAGAAGAGGUGUUUCAUGACAACUUCAUGAUGGCACUCUUGCAAGACUUGUCACAGAUAGGAGAAGUGAUUUUGGUUCGGUUUGUUGAGGACACUAUGUGGGUGACAUUUAGAGAUGGUCAGUGCGCCCUUGCUGCUGCGAAGAAGGGCACCACUCAGUUGUGCGGACAUGUUUUGAGGCUGAACUUAAAAACUCCCAAUUGGAAAGAACAAACAGAGAAGGAAAUUGAACUCUGUACAAAUAACACAAUUCCACUUUGUGAGAAUGUGGAGCCUAUCAGUGUUACCAAUGGUGAUGAACUAUACAAUGCUAGUAGGCCAGAGGAUGAAAUGCUGGGAACUGGUCUAAGUGUAUCAGAUGGUGCAGAUCCUGGACCAAGGCUGGGAAAUGCUCCACCCCGGCCUGCCCCACCAUCCAGACCUCCUCUUCCUACUGUAAUGUCUCCAUCUCAGACCAAAAAGCAAAUACCAAGGGCUGGAGUUGUAAGCAUUCCACACUCUCUCAUCCAGCCUAGUCAGCAAGAUGCUCCCAUCAAAUCCGCAGACCUCAGUUGCUCACCCAUAUAUGGUCAGCUGGAAGAUAGUGCUGCUAUCUACGAGGAAAUUCAAGAUGGAGAACAUAGCUCUCCAAUCCCAUUGGGUCCACCACCUCCACCACCUCGUUUUGAUUCCACUGAGAAAGAAGACUUCACAGCUCCACCAUCUGCCCCACCUCCCCUACCACAGAGACAACUUCCACCUCCUCCAGUACCAGAUCGUUCUGCGGUUCCUCCCCCAAUUCCUGCUCGAGCUGGUAUACCCCCACCUAUUCCAGCUCGGACCUCGAACACAACCACUCCCACUCCUGCAGCUAUCCCUCGUUGGAAUGUAAGUUGAACCAACAUAGAUCUGAGGACUAGACUUACCAUAUAUAGUACAAUAGACUGGUGUAUAUUCUCUAUAUAGCUGUAGAAGUAUUGUACGGGAUUCAGUAUUUAUCAUUUAUCCUGGCUUCACAGCUAAGAAUUCAGUAUUAACUAAGUAGCACAGAUCUACAACUAGACUUCAACGUAUGCUUUUGCACUGUAUUGUGUUUAUUUGGUGUUCCAUUGAAUCUGUUAGAAAUUAACUUAUAUAAGGUAUAUGAUUUCAGUUUUGAGAUUUUCAUGGUGGUGACUGUUCAGAUUGUGGUCUUCUGUAUUGUGGCACCAUGUUGUUUUGUGGGUAGAUGCCAGGGGUUUGGAGGAUCAUGAUGUCUUCAUCUUCAGGGCUAAAGUAUAUAGGAUCAGAAAUUGGUUGAAUUAUGUAGGCAGGUUAUGUGUAAGUGGUCAAAGUAACCUCGCCCUACACAUUUUGACCCUAAGGGUGUGAGUAACAGAGUCUUCUGAAACGUGGUUAUCCACCUGCAAAACUACGCUGUGUCAUAACCUAAAAGAUCACAAUCUGAAAUGUGUAUGUUUACUAGACAUUUCAAUAAGAAUUAGUGUCAAUAUUUAUGUUUCUCUUCAUACAGUGAUCCCCAGCUUUGCCACAUCUCUGAAAGUUCAACAGUUAGUGGAAUUGACACAGUGCAGUUCUGACAUACAAUGUUAAGUAUUAUUUUGAUGUGAAAUUUUCAGAUGUGGAUUUGAGAGCUGUACAUACCAGAUUUUCACACAGCCAAGAUGAACUUAUUUGAUGAUAAAUUAAUCUGUCAAAUCUGUUUGUAGAUUUUUCUGUUUACAUAUCAAAGCCUUCACCUCAGGCGAUGCGCGCGCGCGCACACACACACACACACACACACUUUAAAAUUUCAGCAGAGGUAAGAUAGCUCAUUGAGAACUUGAGACAUUUAUGAAAAACAAGAACAACUCAUUUGCAUAUCCACCUUUGGCAUAUUAAACUUUCAAAUGAAUCAGAAACCAUGCCUUCAGUUGCCUUUCCUCUGAAAUCCACAUCAGUAAGAAUUAGGGCUUAUUCCAUCAGUUUUCCAUUUAC